AUGUCGUGGAUAAAAUCCUUCAACGCCGCCCUCUUUGGGCUGGCAGCCCUCUCAAGCAUCGCCAGCGCCGCGCACUACGACGUCACGGUUGGCAAAGGCGGCCAGCUCAAAUUCGAGCCCGAGGCGCUAACGGCGCACCCGGGCGACACGGUCACGUACCGCUUCUUUGCCAGGAACCACGCCGUCGCCCAGUCCACGUUCGACAACCCGUGCCAGUUGCAAGAGCACGGAAUCUUCUCGGGCUUCACUCCCACCGACUCGCCCGACGUAGCGGCGCCGACGACUUUCACCAUCACCGUCAACGACACGAAGCCCUUGUGGUUCUACUGCCCGCAAGUAAAUGGGAACCAUUGCCAGAGCGGGAUGGUGCACUCCAUCAACGCGCCGUACUCGGGAAACACAUUCGACGCCUACAAGGCGAAAGCCCAACAGGCCGCGACCCCCAGCACGCCGCCCGUCGGGACCCUGCCCGUGGGUGGUCUGCGGAAGCUCCGCAUCGAUGUCGGGUUCAACGGGGACCUAGUCUUCAACCCGAACAACAUCACCGAGCUCGUCGGCACCGUUCUCGAGUUUAACUACAACCCAGCGAACCACUCGAUCGUGCAAUCCUCCUUCGACAAGCCGUGCCAGCCGCUCGAGUCCGCCGACGGCGGCCGGGGCUUCGCGGCGCCCUUCUUCGCGACGCAGCAGGCGCCGUCGGGCGUGACCUUCGAGGUGGCCGUGGCCGACGACAAGCCGAUCUGGUUCUACUGCGCGCAGACGGCGCGGACGCACUGCCAGGCCGGCAUGGUGGGCGCGGUCAACGCGCCCGCCGAGGGCGACCGCACCUUCGACGCGUACCGGCGGCUCGCCGCGCAGGCGCCGCCGAGCGCCAUCCCCCCGCACACCCCGCUCGCCGGCACCCUCAAGGUCAACGGCACCGUGGUCGCCGACGCCGGCGGCGCCGUCCUCGACGCCGGUGACGCCGCCCUCGACCCCUCCCUUGGCGGCGCCGCCCCCCCGCCCCCCGGCACCGACUACCCCCCCUACAUCGGCGGCAUGGCCGGCGGCAACCAGCCCGCGCGCUACGGCUGGGGCCCCACCCUGUCCGACGACGCCGCCGCCAUCCUGCGCGACCUCCACCGCCUCAGCGACGCUCUCGUCCUGCACCUGCUCGAGGGCUACGUGCGCCUCAGCACCGGCCAGGGCCGCUGGGCCGGCGCGUACCCGUCCUCGCUCACGCGCACGCUCGGCUCGCUCGCGGCGCAGAGCCUGAUCCACCGGCGCACGUACGCGGACGCGCUGCGGCACUACGAGCGGCCGGCCGUCGGCGCGUGCAAGUACCGCAUCAGCGAGCGCGACGACGAUGGGGUCGACUCCUGGCUCGACGACGUGCUGCGGCUCCUCGCGCUGUCGGUCGGCGCGAAGCUCGACGCCGUCGGCACGCUCGCCGCCGUGCACGGCAGCGCCAACGAGUCGGCCACGGCCGCCUGGCUCGUGCCCGCGCUGGCCUCCGAGCUCGGCGCCCAGACCCGCGUCGCCGCCGUCCUCAACCUCAUGCAGGGCCACGUCGCCGCCGCCGCCCCCCGCGAGGUCCUCAUCCCCCACGAGCUCGCCCUCGCCUACGUCGUCGACAAGUACGUCGUGCCCGGCAGCUGCGAGUCCGCCGCCGGCGACGACACCAAGAGCCUCCCCGCCAUCGUCAUCAAAGAGCGCAAGGUCGCUCCCGGCACCGGCGGACGCCUGCUCGGCGUCGUCGUCGAGCGCCCAGCUGAUAACAAAGAUGAUAACCUGUGGGCGGCCUGGAUCGGACAGUGGGGCGGAGCGGAUGGCGUUGCCUAUACACCCGUAGCGGCCGACGGCACGGCUGCCGUACCCGCCGGCCUCUCCGGUCAUGUCUGGCUCGUGCUAACGACGGCCAAGGACAUACCCAUCGGCGAUGUCGCGGAUAAGGCAGUGGCAGGACCCGAGAUGGUCUGGGUCGCCCAGCAGUGGGUUAUUUAGAUACAUGACGUGUUGAAAUCGUGGGGCGUUUGGGAUGUAUCACCGGGGAUGUGUUGGCUGGAGCGUAAUGUCUACUAUGACAUCGAUGUUCUAAACAUGAUUGUCGCAACGUUCAUUUUCCUUAUAUCUUUUUUGGUCUAUACCACGGCAUGUUUGGGGAGUUGGGGCAAUAGAGGGGGAGGGAGGGAGCAUCGAUUUCGUGCUGUCAUUUCAAGCCCAUGAUACUAAAAUAAAUACAUCACCAGUCUCUGUUUCCGAUUAUUACCUCGGCAACAUGGUAUCAGUUACCACUCGCUGAAGAGGUCUUUCUUAUGGCUAGAAACAGA